AUGGCGUACACAGCACCCGGCGGAAAGAAGCGAGUUUGCUACUAUUACGAUGGUAAACGUCACAUUUACUCUUAACACCACAUAAACUAGCUGAUAAAUAACUUAAGUCGAGUUUUACGAAGUUCCAAGACUUUUCUUGGCGUUUAAGUUGGCUAAUUUUGUCUUCAUGGUUUUACCAUCUUUUUCGUGUUCCAAACAAAGGUGACAUCGGGAACUACUAUUACGGUCAAGGCCAUCCGAUGAAGCCGCAUCGUAUUCGAAUGACGCACAACUUACUUUUGAACUAUGGCUUGUACAGGAAGAUGGAAAUCUACGUAAGUAUAUAUGCUAUUUCUCUUUAUUUUCUGAGUAGAAAUAAUUAUAAGUUGAUUAGGCUGUCAAAAUUAUUUCUUCCCAGCUAAUUUGCAUGCAUUGAAAUGAACAUCUUCACGCUAUUUUUUUCUUCUUCUCUUAAAAUUUAGCGCCCUCACAAAGCAAAUUUGGACGAGAUGACUAAAUACCAUUCAGAUGAUUACAUCAAGUUUCUGAAGACCAUAAGGCCUGAUAAUAUGUCUGAGUACACCAAACAAAUGCAAAGAUGUGAGUACGGAAGAAAUUAAAAUAUGACCAGCAUGCGGUUUCCCAUUCAUUCUUCCACUCACUUUUCGAUAAGCAGAACGGAAAUUGUUCGUCCAGGUUUUUUUCAGGGACGAUUUCACGAAAACUGUGUUCAGCUGUACAUGAUAUGCCAUCGUAAAUUUAUCUAUGGAAGCUAAAUCUGGGGAAAAGGUGGAGACUGUAAUAACGAGAUAGUCUUCCAAUUUUAAACGCCGUUGCCUUGUAAUGAAUGGCAUAUAUUGAUCUUGUGUGGUCUUUGAUCUUUGGUUACCCAUUAACUGCAAAAUACGUAAGAGGAAAUUCUGAAUCAAACUAGGUUAAAUGCUGGUUUUAUGUAUAAAUAGAACAGAUUUUACCCACACAAUUUAUCUUGUGGUUCAGUUUAUCUGUGGUUCAAAUUUUAUUUUCUCUUUAUUUUAGGUAUGGCAGUGUAUGAUACAAAAUCAAAUGGAAAAAAUUUUAACCAUAGAUAAAACUGAAGCACAACAUAAACUUUAUGUAUUGGAAUAAAGUAAAAUUAUAACAUCACAAAUAUUAGAAUUUGUGAAAUUAUGGCAUUUGUUGAGACUACCUGAGAGAGAAAGACAGAAAAAAGCUUCCUAGCUGAAAGUUAGGGUAUCAGUGAUUGAUAGUGCGAUAUUGGUACUACUGUGAUCUGAUGCAUGACCCAGUACAAAUACUUGUACAUUUGACUUGGAUCAAAGUGUUAUGAUCCAGUGUGUUAUAAUCCAGGUUUAUAUAUUUAGAGGCAUUUUUGUAUGGAAUGAUGCUAAUAACCCACCCAAAACUGAACGAAAUACUGGUUUUUGGCUGGGAGUUAUUUUUUUGGUGCUCUUUCUAACAGAUCCUAUCAUUUCACAAAUUGUUUUUAUGACAUCAUAACUUCUUUACUUUUUCUAAGAGGUGAGAUUAUUUGCAGUGUACUCAUCAUCUCUUUCACUCUAAGUAUUAUGUCAACGACAAAGUGAAGGUAUUUUAUUUUGUCGUUUCCAUUUUCAGCUUCAGAUUUAUUCAGAAAAAAAAAUAGUUUUACGGUCAACUGGCCUGCUUGUAGCUAAUCAAGUUGGUCCAGAAUUUAAGAGAUUAAGGGAAGGAAAUAUUUAUUAAAUUCCAAUAGUUUUUAUUACUAUUGUAUAGCUUCAUUUAACAACUAAUGAAAAUGAAGAUGAAAUUGAUAGAAAGUGGGAAUUAUUAUUUUUCCAGCUUUUUUAAUAUCUUGUGUUGUUGUUUUAGUUAAUGUUGGAGAGGACUGUCCAGUUUUUGAUGGCUUGUUUGAGUUUUGCCAGCUCUCAACGGGUGGCUCUAUAGGUAAGCAGCAGAUUAUGAUUCUGAUCAAUAGCUAAAUAAUUCUGCUGGAGUCUUUCUUGAGGUGUCAAUAAUUUUUGCCCUCUUUUUGUAGCUGGAGCAGUGAAACUCAAUAAACAACAAACAGACAUUGCCAUCAACUGGGCUGGUGGCUUGCAUCAUGCUAAAAAAUCAGAAGCAUCAGGAUUUUGUUAUGUUAAUGACAUUGUUCUGGCUAUUUUAGAGCUCCUCAAGUAAGUAGCUUUGUAUUUACUUUCCUGUUUUUUCUCUGAAUUUACUUUUACCCCCUUAAUGGGGAUGGAAAAUUUUCUCUCUCCCUAUUGCAUUUCUGUUUUCCAUUUUUGAGUCUCUAAAGUAAGCCAUAGUGACAGAAACAGAAGCAGAAAGUUUGAGCAGACCACAAAGUACUUUCAUCCCCAGACAACACAAACAAAAGAUGGAAAUGAUAAGUUUUUUUCUCCAGAUUCGGUGUCUAUCAUUAAUUUUGCAUGGAGGUAAACCAAAAUGACAGAAAUAAAGAUGGAGGUGGAAAGGUUUAACUGAUCAUAAAAAGUGUACAAAUAUUUAGUCUAACAUUUCUACAUGGUCAACUCUCUCAUAAUGAAAAAUGCUAUUAGACAGACAUUUCCCUGAAGUGGACUCCUAGAGAUUGUCCCUGCCAAUGAUUCUUUAGUCAUUUAUUUUGCUUUCUAUUAGUUGGACAUGUACCUUAGAUUGCCACUUAAUACUGAUGACAACGGUUUUUGUCUUAGAGACAGCUGACUGUACAGCUGUAUAUGUAACUUAGGAUGUGUAGGUUUGUUUUUUGUAAAAAAAUACAAGGUCAUAAGAUUAGUGGUUUAAUUAACUUUGCUGUCAGAUCAGAGUUCCAAGAUAAGGUACUUGCUGUAUUGCAUGUUAAUACUUAGUUGUAAUAUUAUUUGUGUAUUCCAAUCAUAUAUUUCAUGAUAUAGCUUUUUAUUUAUUUUGUUAGGUACCAUCAACGAGUUUUGUACAUUGAUAUUGACAUUCACCAUGGUGAUGGAGUUGAGGAGGCAUUUUACACCACUGACCGUGUCAUGACAGUUUCAUUUCAUAAAUAUGGGGAAUAUUUCCCUGGUACAGGUGAUCUUAGGGUGAGUGUGUCUGAAGCUAGGGACUUCAAUUCUAAAUUUUGCAGUUCUUUUUUAGGUUUUCAAUAUUCUACUAGUCUUCUCUUAGCAGAAUAAGGACUUUAUGCACUACACGUCAAUCAAUUUACCAAUAAUUUGUAAAAGAAUGCCUUUGGUGUAGGUGAUUACAUGAACUAAUUUAUAGCCACAUGUUAUGUUAACACGCGCAAACAAAGGCUGUUGUAAAUUCUACUAAGAUCACCAAUUCUCCUUUGUUACUUUUGAAAAUAUAUAUGAUAUCUGUGAGAAAUUACAGGAUUAUUAUAACAUUCUACUUCAUUAUUCACAGGAUAUUGGUGCUGGAAAAGGCAAAUAUUAUGCUGUGAACUUUCCCCUGAGAGAUGGCAUUGACGAUGACUCUUAUGAGCAAAUCUUUAAUCCUGUAAGAAUCAGUUAAAAUGUUUUUGUAACAUAGAAAGAUAAUUUUCCCCUAGAUGUUAAUAAUAUUAUUUAAAUGGGUUUUUUUUGCAAUGAUGCAGUGAUUAGCUAUGUGUAAAGUUGAAUACCUUCAAGUUUUAAUUCACCUUCCUUCAGUUGGUGUUGUCUAUCAAAGGGUUUGGUAUACUUCGUAACUAGUUAGCGGAUUGUUAGUGGAUACUGGUCUCUGUGCAUUUACCUCGGUUCCUCCAUUUGAGGAAUUUGUGUUUGCCUUUUAACUGCUCCCUUGCCAUGCUGUUUCAGAUCAGCACUGCUAUGGCUGUGGUUAUUCUUUCAAUAAUGUACUGUCUGUGAAGAUGGUAGAUACAUGUACUUGUGUAUAACUAGCUUGUGCUGAUGUAUAUUACCUUGUUAUUAUGAAAUGUAUCAAUAAUUUCUACUAUCAACCACUUUGAGCCUUCAGUUCAGUGACAAAUUUUGUUAGCUAAGGCCAAUGUUAUAUUUUUAUUAAUAAUAUCUGCACUUGAUGCUUCUGAGAUUUUGUGCUUUUCAUUGAACCACAAAUAUUAUCAUUUUUUCUCUCAGGUUAUUUCCAAGGUAAUGGAAGUAUACAAACCAAAUGCUGUUGUUCUCCAGUGUGGAGCUGACUCUCUUGCAGGAGACAGACUAGGAUGUUUCAACCUGUCUCUUAAAGGUACAAACUACAUAUUCAUACUCUUAUAGAAACAGUUUAUUAUUUUAUUGUAAUCAAUGUGAAACUCAGGAAACUGUGAACUCCAGAAACAUUUCUGGAAUGAUAAUAAAUUGUGUUGCAAGAAAAAACCUAAUCAGGGGUUAGAACACUAAAGUGCAGGCAACAACGAAAAUUAGUUUGUGAUUUUGCAGCUUGCUUGCAUGUCCUGAUCUUUGCUGUAAUGGGUCACUACACAAUAAAACUUCCUGAGAUAUUUCAGGUGUCCACAGUUUUCUUAGUUUGACAGGAAAUUCAAUUAACAAUAAUGCUUCACCAAAACUAUGUCAAAGUCUUAUCACCAGACAGUUCCCUUUAAAAUAUUGUUCUCCUCUCUGCCACUGUUGCCCCCCUCCCCCACUUCCCACCCCUAAUUGUUAUUAGUUUUUGGGGGAGCUUAGGCCUUCCCUGCCAGGAAGUCAAUAUUGAAGAGCAAGCAAACAUCAUUUGUAACAUUAAAACUACAAAUAAAUAUCAGUUAAGAUGAAAAGAAAGAAUGGGAUUUUAGGGUGCGGAAGAUAAUAGUUAUUCAUGUAAGUUGUGAAAUUAAUUAUUUUUUGAGCAAACAUGAGACUGUUUUACUUACAACAUGGCAAAUUACUGUGUAGUUAUACUAAACGAUGAAGUUAGCUCAGCUUGAAGCAAGGUUGGUUAUUAAAUGAAGUUUAUUUGGAGUUUAUCGUACUGUGGCUCAAAGAGGUUUACCAUUGUUCUUUAAGAAAAAGUUCACUUGUUUUGAGGUGGUGUUCAUGAUUUCCCCAUGAAAAUGUAGUAACAAACUACAAUGAUAUUGAUGUGGACUGAGUGCAUGGUAUGAACAGUGUUAAGGGGCAACUCAACUUAAUCUUUUAUUCAACUGGUGCACCUUAUGACCAUGUUAAAUCUAAAUUAUUUAUUCAUCCUAGGUCAUGCGCAGUGCGUUAACUUUGUCAAGAAGUUCAAUCUUCCACUGCUGGUUCUUGGAGGUGGUGGGUACACAAUCAGAAAUGUUGCCAGAUGCUGGACAUUUGAAACAGCAGUUGCGCUGGACUCAGAUAUUGCAAAUGGUAUGGUAACACAAAUAAAAUGGAUGUUGUUUAUUUAUAGGGAUUUUACACUGCUUAUGAAGUCCAAAAGUUUACCUUAUAACAAGACUGGGUGAAUAAGCGAUAAGGCACUUGGCAAGAGGAAUAUGAACAAAAAACAGAUUGUCAGUUUGAAUUUAUGACAGAUUGUUAUUUAAAUCUGCUUCUAGACAUUUCUAAAUGCACUUGCAAAUUCUUUUUUGUUUGUUUGUUUGUUACACUGACCAUUGCAAUGAGAUAAAAAAAGUUAAUCCUUUCCUUUGUUGUCAUCGUGAACACAGAAAUUUAAUGUAUACAUUGGUUCUAACCUCUUAUUCUAUGGACAAAAUCCUAUGAUGCAGGUACUGUAAUUAUCAGAGGUUUACUGCUGUAAUGUUCUUGAUUUGCUUAUUUUCUCUCAUCUUUUCUUUAGAACUUCCAUACAAUGACUAUUUUGAGUAUUUUGGCCCAGACUUCAAGCUGCACAUUAGUCCAUCUAACAUGGCCAACCAAAACACAAAUGACUAUCUGGAAAAAAUCAAGUAAGAGCUAACAAUACUUUUAUUCCUAAAUUGACUCUUCGUAUUAAUAUAAUAGUAAGUAAUAUUUAUGUCUCCCUAAUGAAAAAGACUUUGAAUACAACAAUAAAGAAAGGUGGUAAAUUUUAAGAUUAGCAAUUGAAUGUGAAAGAUGAAUCCUGUGAGUUUUUCACUCCCAAGACUUUUUUGUUUUGUAGUCUGAAAUGUCAUCCAUUUCUUUGCCCCUCUCCCCAUUGGGUGGCACGUUUGGGGGUAGGGCAAAGAGACAUGAUGUUUCAGACUAUCUUGUGUUGUUUAGUUAUUGAGAUAUUGACAUUGUAUUUUAAUCGGUUUUAUUACUAUUAUCUUAGACAAAGAUUAUUCGAGAAUCUCCGUAUGUUGCCACAUGCACCAGGAGUUCAGAUGCACCGUAAGUAAACAAUACCAUGUGUACACUAAACACACUUUUAUUUACUUAUUUACCAGUUAGGUUGUUUGCUCAAUACUGAGUAUUUUAGACUGCUCUACCCUUCAAAUGUAUUUACACCUUAUUUCAAUAGUGAGCUAUAAAAAAGACAAAUACUGAUGAGAAGUACCUCGAAUGUCAUAACCAGUUUUGAAUGGUGAACUCCAAAACUACUCUAACAUCUUUAGCUUCAUCCGUUAGCCAUCAAUAAAUAUUACACCCCUGGAGAGCAUGUCAUUUCAGUCAAUUUGAAAUAACCUAGACAGUGUACAUUCUUGAUAGUUAUUAAUUCCUAUAUUUAGGCCGUUUUUAGCCUUCUUAAAUGUUUGAUGAUACCCUGUGACACUGUGUCCAUUUUGUUAGCUAUUCCUGAUGAUGCACCUGCAUUGGAAGAAAGUGAUAAUGAAGAUGAAUACAUGGAACCUGACAAAAGGAUUGGCAGUGAGUACAACACAUAAUGACAAUAUUAAUGACAAUAAUCAACAGAUGGUUAGCUAAAUUGGUUGGAUGAAAGACUAUGGGGCAGUGGGCUCAGGUUCAAUUCUCAGACAGGCCAACACUCAGGGUCUUAAAGUUACUAAGGAGAAGGUGCUGCCUUUGUUUCACAUGUAGCUUGCAAGCUGGCUCACUUGUGUAAGUUCUGUUGCCAAAAAUUUUCCUGAACUCACACAAUUGAACUUGCUCACAGGCAAUUUUACGUGCAUAUAGACUGUUUAGGGUUCUUGGAUGGGGAGAACAACAGCAACAAAAAGAAAAUGUAGGCCCCAUUUCAAAGAAGUUUCAAUGAUCCGUCUCAUAAAUAAGUGCCCCCUCGUGUUCCCUCUUGUAACGAGUAGCUGGGAAAGAAACACCUCUGGGAACUUAUUAGAGAGAUUUUGGUAUCCGUCCAUUCCCUUGCAAUCUCCUUUGCCUUUCAAAAUAAAUGGUGGCUACUAGCCUAAGAUACUUGUUUUUCUCAAUUCUCCCGGUUUCUUGUUGUGUUGUCCUUAACCUGCCCCUACGUAUUCUUGUUCCUUGGUCCUAAACCUUCCUCUUUGCGGCAGGAUUAGCUCAGUCAGUAGACCGCUUGAAUGCAGAGCAGAAGGUUACAGGUUCGAUUCCCAGGGCGAGACCAAUACUCAGGGUCUUAAAAUAACAGAGAAAUGAAGAAACUCCCUUUGCUCAUCAAGCGACUAGACCUUCACGUGGCUCGGAUGACCACGUAAAAUGGUGGGCCCGUCUCUAGUUGGGGACGUAAAAAUAGUGUCCCCAGUUAGUACUUUCGUGCUAUUAAAAUACCUUGACACUCAAAUAAAGUCCAUAUUUUUCCUUUGCAGUUCGUGAUUCAGACAAACACAUCUCAAACCCUGAGGAAUACUCUGACUCAGAAGAUGAAGGAGACAACAGAAGGGAUAACCACGUGCCCAAAGAAAGCAGGCGAAAAAAACGGAAAACAACAGCAACACCAGUCGAGAAAAUGGUGACAAACGGUGUGGAAAAUACUGAGGAAACAAAACCACCAAAAAUGGUGAAGGAAUCUAACCCCAGCACCUCCCCUGUGGAGGAGAAAGAGAAAGCCAAGAGCUCAACUGAGGGGACCCCAAACGAGGGUUCACCACAGACUGUAGCUAACGCUACUACAGAGAUGACGACAGAACCUACACCUGAACAGGAGGCUAGCAGAAAAAGGUAA